GUGACUAAUGCGAUCGUCUGUUUUUUUGGGGGAUUUCAAGGUUUUCCGACGUACAAUUAUGGGUUAAACUAAGGGAUAAAAUGUGGAUUCGGCUAUGAUCGGUGACAAUGUUUCAAGACCUGGUCCGUCUCUUGCUUGUGGUUGUUUUCAUAAUUAUUGUUCAACGAGGGAGCACACGAGAUGUCAAACCAAAACAAGGCCAGUUUUUGAACGCAACGAAAACUCCAAACUUUUCUAAAAAUGGAUCUGCACAUCAUAAUAACAAGUUCAGUGGGAACGCAACCAGUUCUAGUAAAAGUGUCCUCAAGACGCGGAAAAAUCGAGGUAUUUCAUUAGCUGCGCUUGCGGGACUCGACCGAGCGGCUCUAGGUAUCAACCCGCUCUCUGUGCCAUAUGGAUCAAGGCUUGCUUCUUUGGGUUUUCAGCAAACCCCUACUUUGCAGCAGCUCUCGCAAUACAGAGGGCUAGUUCCAACUAAUGGAUUGAUCCAAAGCCCAUCUGCUCUUAGACUUCCAUACGGAAUUCAACUUGCCAGACUGUUGCCUGCACUGAAUAUUUAUCGAAAUAGAUUGCAAUUUCCAACCAGUGCAGGAGGCAUGGCCACCGACGUGCACGUUUACAAAAAUCCCAAUAGAUUGAAAUAUGAUUCUAUUCCCCUUAAACCCUCCAUCGAACAACAGGCGUUAAUCGGGAACGGACUGACUUUACCCGCCUUGCUACAGCUGAACUCUGCCGGGGUUCAGGGUCUUUCUGACUUGUCAGAUGAAAGUGAAGCUGACUUGGACGAGCUCGGAGGUGUUUGUUUGACGAAACCCUGUCACAAUGGUGGAUCAUGUGUUAAUGUUGGCGAAACAUUUGAAUGUAUCUGCAGAAAAGGUUUCACUGGGAAAAGAUGUAAAGAGCGAAAUCCAUGUUUGCCUAAUCCUUGUCAAAAUGACGGACAGUGUGCAGUUUCUGGCUCAAGCUUCGACUGUUCCUGUUCCCUUGGCUGGAAAGGGGAAAGAUGUGAAGAGCCCAACAAAUGCAUUCCUAAUCCUUGCAUGAACGGAGGGUCUUGCACAGCGCUACAGUUUGAUUAUGAAUGUACCUGUCCACAUGGAUUUCAUGGGAAAAGCUGCGAAGAGAAACGGUCCAGUUGUUCUGAAAAUCCCUGUCACAACGAUGGACACUGCAUCGAGGCAUCAGGAAAUUUUGAGUGUGUAUGUAGAUCGGGCUUUUCAGGAGUGACAUGCGCAGUGACUCAGAACAAGUGUUUACAAAACCCAUGCGAAAACGGAGGCACUUGCAUUGACUCCAUGGGUGGGGAGGGAUAUGAGUGUCGUUGUCCAACUGGAUACAAAGGAGUCAACUGCGCAGAUAUCGAUAAGUGUCAUCCAAAUCCAUGCGGGCAUGGCGGCUUUUGCCGAGAAGUUGUAGGAGGUCCUGGAUUUGCUUGUCAGUGUAUCUCUGGGUAUAAAGGCAUGCAAUGCCAAGAAAAAGACAGAUGUCACCCUAAUCCUUGCCUCCAUGAUGGCAUGUGUAUGGAGAUAAACGACGAGCUAGGUUUUUUAUGCAAUUGCACCUCGGGAUAUCGUGGCACACACUGCCAAGAUCUGGAUCCCUGUCGCCCUAAUCCAUGUUUAAACUCUGGUGCCUGUCUUCACACGGAUGAAGGUUUCGUUUGCAACUGUUCAAGAGGAUACAAAGGAAGGCACUGCCAAGAACGCGAUCUCUGCAAACCCAACCCUUGCCAAUUUGGCAACAAAUGUCACCAAACAGGAGUGGACAGCUAUCAGUGCGUGAAGAAUCUUUGUAAUCCCAGUCCGUGUAUGCAUGAUGGACGGUGCAUUGAGGUCAAUGAUGAAGAUUACCUGUGUGCGUGUAAACUAGGCUAUACAGGAAAGAAUUGUCACGAGCAAGACUUGUGUCACCCAAACCCCUGCAUGAACGGUGGAACAUGUUCCAGGACAGACUUUGGAGGUUUUAAGUGCGCAUGCACACCAGGAUAUAGUGGACCGAACUGUACAGCGUUUGAAAACCAGGUCAACGCAGAUAAUAGACACAACGUUCCUAUUUUUCACACAACUUUGCUUCCAAACAACUUGAAAGUCACAUCUCCAGCACAAGCAGUCUCUAGUAUGGCAGUGCAGGGAAAUAAGAAAACAAGCGCAUCCGUUUGCAGUCCAAACCCAUGUCAGAAUGGUGGAUCCUGUGUCAGGAAAGGGGAUAAAUUUGGUUGCUCGUGUCCAAAGGGUUUUAAAGGUCGCCAUUGUCAGAUAAAGAACUCUUGUAUUCCAAAUCCAUGCAAUAAUGGCGGUACGUGUCUUUUGGGAGAGGAAGGCAACUUUGUUUGCCGCUGUCCUGCAAGGGUUACAGGCGCGUUGUGUGAAGAAGCAUCAAAGCCACAAAGACUUCGUCUGAAGCCUCAUAUUGACUACUGCACCCCCAAUCCGUGCAAAAACAAAGGCAUUUGUGUCGUGGAGGAAGGAAAAGGAUAUAGUUGUGCAUGUGAGCCAGGAUUCACCGGUUUCCAUUGUCAAGUGGACCACUGUAACCCUAAUCCGUGCAAGAACCAAGGGCUCUGCGCACGGGAUAAAGCUAAUUAUUACAAGUGCAAUUGCCACAACGGCUUUUUGGGGCACAACUGUGAAGUAAAUUCUUGCCUUCCCAACCCUUGUAAAAAUGACGGAUUGUGCGUCACGGUUCGUGGAAAGGGUUACCAGUGCAAAUGUCGAGAUGGAUUCAACGGGCCACACUGCGAGAAUAAUCCAUGUUAUCCAAACCCCUGUAAUAACGGUGGCAGUUGUCUGGUCUUCUAUACCGUAUACCUUUGUAAAUGUCCAACGGCAUACAGAGGAACACGAUGCAAUAUUCUCAUUCCUCAGCAAGCUUUGGCUCCUCCACCACCUCCUGUUCCUUCAGCCAAGUCCAUGACAGAGAUAUCUCCUGUGCGUAAGACAACGCAACACUUCAAAGUUAACGCUUGCCCGGCGAAUCCAUGCCGCAACUCUGCUGUGUGCCUCGAGACGAUUGACGAUGACUUCGAGUGCUUUUGCCGAGGUGACUUUUCCGGACCAAGUUGCGAAGAUAUUGGAGCCUACACCUACUCCUCAGCCCCUAAAUUCUUUCCCGGAAGAGGUGAGGAAUGCCAGCAUUGUGACCUCAACGCGCACUGUGUGGGAGGACAUUGCAUCUGCAAGCGUGGUUUUGUUGGAGACGGCCUGGAAUGCUGGGUGGAAACCCGACUGGACAAAGACUGGAGCUGUUUGGUGUCUCCGUGUCAGAAUGGCGGAACAUGCAAACCAGGAAUAUCUAAAUGCGUCUGUCGGCUGGGAUACGUUGGGGACUACUGUGAAUCCCACUGCCCGCCCUCAGUCCAUCUGAGUUUUGACAAGUAUACCCAGAGUGCAUUGUUAGAUGAUUCAGGAAGUGAAAACAGAGGUUUCCUCGCCAACGGGGCACAAAUCGUACCUCAUGGUGGGAAAUGUGGUAACGCAGCAAACUUACUAGGUGGAGAUGUUUUACUGGAUGGCGAGCACUUUCGUCAAAUCCCUAGGGAAGGAAUUACCAUAUCAACUUGGCUUAAACUCGACACAAACAAAGGAAUACAAUCGAUAUUUGACACUGUUGGGAGCCACUCCAGGCACAAAGAUGGCCAGUACCACUUUGAAAUUGAAAAUGGAAAAGUGCGAUGGUUUCACAGAAAUGAAAAUCAUGACACAAUAUUCAGUCUGCUAUCACGGGCCGUGGUGGGCGAAGGAGUCUGGACACAAAUUACAGCAACUUAUAGCGCGAAGAAACAGCGGGCAAGAGUAUAUGUUAAUGGAGACAUGGUUCAGGAGGAGAUCGGACAAGGCUUUUUGUCCCAAGACUGGGGAGGCAAGGCCGGAAUAGGUCGUCAUAAACAUCAAUUUGGAAAUCGACUGCUACGAGGAAUGAUUGACGAGUUCUAUAUUUUCCCCUGUGAGCUACCACGUCUGGAAAUACUGGUGUUGAUGAGACACUGCCGCGUCUAUUUCACACAUAAACCAAAGAAAGUGACAGAGGAGUCUUCAACCACACGAGGCUCUACAGCAAUCAUGACACCGCCUGUUAAUGGGCUACGAAAGAAUGGACCGGCCGCUGUUUACAAGCCUCAACCUCAGAGUAUAAAUCCGAUAUCAUCAGCUUAUCAAAGAAAACCUCCUCAAAACGACUACGUCGCCAGUAAUUUGCAACAAAUACUUGCCAGUCUGACUGUUGGAGAGCCUCCUCGUAACGAUGUUCACCCGCCAAUGCGCUAUAGACCACCUCAAGGGUAUUCGCUAUCUCCUCAUCCAGGCAAACCACAAACAUUUUACAAACCUGCAUUACACACGAGCAUAAAGCCAGCGGCAGAUAGCUCACCACUAGUGCCUAGUCCCUUGUCUGCUAAUAUGUGGAACAAGCAUCUGCCUGGUGUGUCAACACCAUAUGCAACACAAGCUUCAGUAAGGCAGGAUACUGCAAUUAUUGCCCAGAGGGUGAAUAACAACCAUCAGCCUAAUGUGGUCAGACCAUUUUCAUCACAAGCUUCGGUUAAUACGCAGCAAUUUAAUAAGAAUCGUCCUCCUAGUGUGAUCAAAAUGAAUACACCUGGAACUCAACGGGCUCCUGAUGUGCAAAAUAUCGCCGGAAAGGCUCAAAUAUCAAAUAAUUUUAAUGUUCAAGAAGGAUUAACUAGACAAUUUGCAAAACAACAAUCUAAAAUAACUCAGCCGAACAUGUCUCUCAAUAGGAUGAAUCAUGUUGGACAAUUCCAGAAACCAAUUAUAUGGCACAUUCCGGUUGGAGGCACGAGCCAAGGACUACCCGGGGGUUUCCAAAAACAAUAUGCUAAACAAGAAUCAAAGACAGCUCAGUUGAAAUUGUCUCUGAAUAGGAUGAAUAAUAAUGCACAACUUCAGAAACCAAUUAUAUGGCACAUUCCCGUGGGAGGCACGAUGCAAGGACUUCCUGGAGGUCUUCAAAAGCCGUUUUACUCUGCUCUUUCGACAGGUCAACGGCUGUUUGGACAAUCAAAGCCGAUGAAUAUCGUUCAGGGCAUGCUCUCGCAGAACAAGACAGUUGGCAUGCAAAUUCCUUAUGGUGUUUCGAUUCAAAAAUCUCCGUUAAGCCAGCAAACGUUACACCAAAGGCAGAAAGUAAACUUCAUGCCUCCCCUUCGGGUUCUCAGUAACAUGAACACUCAGUCUGGUGGAGCCAGGGCCCAACGAGCGACAGCUCCCAGUCGACAACAAUCACUUGCAUAUAAGAUGGCCUCGCUUGAAGAACCCAGUCAUGUCUCGACGAGCAACAGUUUGACGACCAUACCAUGGCCAAAAAAGAUGCCACAAAUGGUCCCACCUUUUCAAAAGCAAUUGCCCUCUGGACAUCCGUAUAAAGCCAAGUAUUAUCCAAAGGCACCAUAUUCUCCAAAGCUACAGCAAAGACUCCUUUUGCCAGCCUCAAGGACGCAGUCAAGUUUAAAGGGUCUUCUUUCAUCAAUUACUCAGAAAGGUGUCACUGGAAAUGCACAGCCAGGAAUAUCUCCCUUCAGGCCACAUUUGAUUUAUGGGCAAAAGUCUUGGCCUUGGGUGGCUUGGGGAAAUCGUGUCUCCCCCGUGGCCGCACAAGCUUCAAGCCGGUCUUUCCCUCCUUUACGUCCACAAGCCUAUGGUAAGAAACCUCCAGCUUAUCAUCCAAGUGUUGGUCUUUCACCCAGUCUGCAAUCUUCUCCAUAUUCAGCGCCACCCCAGGUAUUGCUCUACUAUUACUUUUAUCCUAGGACAAUUAGCAAGGCCUUAACAAAAAUUGCAAACAUCCGUGGAGAAGAAAAGAAUACAAACUUCUUGCAAACGUUAACAGCCCAAAUUUCCAGUGCUGCCUUUAACAAAAAACCAGGGGAAGUUAUAACACAUACAAAUCCUACGAUGACAGGACAAACUGGAGUAAGGAUCUCAACAGCACAAACCAACAUGGCCACCCAGGUUAAUCCAAAACAACUUUCACAGACUCUUUAUACUCCAUAUUACCGACUUAUAACAAGCUUGAUGAAGACUCCCGCGGGCCCUUUGACUAAAAAUGCAUAUGGAAGGCAAGAGGUACAAGCUCCUUUUUCACUUCCUCUACAAGGGCAAGCAACAAAUCGCAAGCAUGAGGACAAUUCCACCAUCGGCGAGAGUCCUAUACGAUUCAUCUCGCAGGCCCCUUACAGUAAUCACACCGACACCCUACCAACAAGCUCAAGCGGAACGCAGAAGGCUACUUUCACAGACACAGCGACAAAGUCAAAGAAUGAACGAAGAAAGAGAACUAGCAAAGGCACUCGCGCUAUUGACGCUACCUAACAGAUGAUAGCUCGCAAAUUUAACUCAGCAAUGGGGAGAGAAAAAAGUAUUCAAAUUUUCACCUGUACUUCGUGGAAACAGCAUACUAUACCGACGUCGAGCAAUACAGUUAGUAAGAAACUGAAAAGUUUUAUAAUCAACGUAUGCCAAAGAUUUUUUCGUAAGGGAGCAAGAGGAAAGAAAAAACUGCGAAGGGAAGAGUUCUUUGAUUUUUGUUUCAACGCAGAACUCGGCCGAAGGCCAGAUAAGAAAGGACUGGCGGAAGUUUCAUUUCGUUUCUACUAUAACCAUGUGCAUGCAACCCGGUUAAUGUAAAUUGAUCAACCCUACUUUGAGAAAAGACAGUCUUCGUAAUAUCUGAUAACGUAAAGUUAUACUACAUAUGGCAAAGAGAAAAAAAUAGUAAAAAUGAUCAUAUAAUUCAUCAGAAAGUUGUUUAUAGAAAUAUUAAGAAAAUGAUGAUAAAAAAGAGAAAUUAUUAUCUUGCUAGUGUCAGCUGUUACCAGCUUCGAAUGAUCUUUAAUAAGAGCGUGGUAAAAAUAAGGUGUUUCAUAUCAUAAUUGCAAGAUAGUUAUUGAUUAUAAUCUUACAUUCAGUUAGAGAUUCUUCUUUAUAGAUAGGAAUGUCUCAAAGCUAUUUCUCUCGGCUUGUAUCGAGUUGAUCCGUAAUCUUCCUUCAUGGUCAUUUUGUAUCAAAAGUAAGAACCUUACGUUAGGAAUAACUUCAUUCAUUAUUCGUUCAUCUCAUCUUUAGUUACAGCACAAAACAGAUUUGCGACAAUGGCAUGUGAGCUGUAAAGAAGCCUA